GAAGGGAGAACCAGAAAAGCCACAAUCAUAAUUUACAUGACGUUUGCGUCCAGCCAGGGAAAUGAAAGUCUUUUUUUAAAUAAAUUUUUUACGUAAAUUAUCAACUUAAGAAUUCAUGAUUUUCUCAGCUAUAUAGUGAAAUUUUCUUCACCCUCACUGUCAUACAUAUGUGCGUAUGUACCUACGUACUUUUAAACAUUGCGCUGGAUUUCAUCUAAAAACUGGUCGAAAAGGAAAAUGAUGCAAAUGUAAGCGAGAAACAAACAAACACAAACCAAAACAGUUGGCGAAGAAACUCUCUUCUCUUUGCUUGUGAAUUUCAAUUCGCAUUGCUGUUUGAUUUUAUGUACAAACGUAAAUGCGAAAAUACUCGUCCAUUCGAUGCAACACUGUUCAAACUUAACACAACCAGCCAGUCAUCCAUUCUCUACACUCAAACAGCAAAAGCAGUUCUGCUACGUUGUCGUUGUGUGCGCGGAAAUUAGCUUAUGGUAGCAGUUUAUGUAUUAAAACGUUUGUGUCAGUGUGUCUCGGUUGUAUCUUUUGAGUGUCACAAAUAAAAUACAAGAAAGGAGUUUAAUUUCAUAAAAAAAUUGUUAAGAUGCACGAUCCAAGAAACUAUUUUCCAAAAAAUUACCACUCCACUGGAAUUGGUUUGGUGAACUUAGCUGCUCUCGGCUAUAAUAAAAAUGAAAAAAUCAAUAGUGAGCCACCGACGACUGGUCUUUAUCCGGCAUUGCCGUAUCCAAUUGCACCUACGAAUCCCAUCGCAGCCAGCCUGAGUUAUGGCAUGCCAAUGCCACCAUCAGAAGUGCCUGAUGUUAAAAAUUCAGCACAAUAUCCACCACAACAAUCGCUGUAUCCGACCUUGGGGGCGCAGAAUGUGAUUUACCCCUCUGGCACACCGCAACCGUAUGCGUCAUACCCUACGGCACCGUAUCCGGCGUCUACGGCGCCAAAUUUGCCAUAUCCGUCGAUGCCAACUGGUAUGCCAAUGCCAUAUAGUGUGCUUCCGCCAUCGUCUCCGUCCAGCCUCUAUCCGACUAUUCCAACGCUGCCAGAUGGUGCAAUGCCAACAUAUGGAGGCGGUGGCGGUUGCCUCGUUAGUGAAGCAGCGAAUGAUAAGCUACCAUCGCCGGAUGAGGAGCCUUCUGUAGGUGUACCGGAGAUACCAUUUUCUGCUGUAAAGGUGCCUGAAAGCGAAAAUAUGUUCUGGAUGAAGGAGAAAACUCGUGAGCUUCGUUCUCAAGAUGAUUCACAUGUGCCAUACGAAACACUACGCAGCAGUUGCUUAGAUAAUGGUACUCUUUUUGAGGAUCCAGCUUUUCCAGCCAAAAAUGACUCACUGAUGUUUUCACGUCGUCCCGACCGCUGCCUUGAUUGGUUACGUCCACAUGAAAUUGCCGAUAAUCCACAGUUUUUUGUUGAUGGUUAUUCACGCUUUGAUGUGCAACAAGGAGAAUUGGGUGACUGUUGGCUACUAGCAGCAGCGGCAAAUUUAACUUCAGAUCCGAACAUGUUCUUCCAUGUGGUGCCACCUGAUCAAAGUUUUGAAGACAAUUAUGCGGGGAUAUUCCAUUUCUGUUUCUGGCAGUACGGUAAAUGGGUGGAAGUCGUAAUUGAUGAUCGCCUUCCUACAUACCGUGGAGAGCUAAUAUACAUGCAUUCAACGGAGCGUAACGAGUUCUGGAGUGCAUUGUUAGAAAAGGCCUAUGCUAAAUUACAUGGUUCAUAUGAAGCACUUAAAGGUGGUACUACUUGUGAGGCUAUGGAAGACUUUACGGGUGGUGUUACGGAAUGGUACGAUUUGAAAGAAGCACCACCGAAUCUUUUUAAUAUUCUUGAUAAAGCCAUGAAACGCAAUUCAUUAAUGGGCUGUUCAUUGGAACCCGAUCCAAAUGUGUUUGAAGCAGAAACUCCACAUGGCCUUAUUCGUGGUCAUGCCUACUCCAUAUCGCGAGUAUGCAUGAUCGAUAUUCAUACGCCAAAUCGUCAAGGAAAGUUACCUAUGAUACGCAUGCGUAAUCCUUGGGGCAAUGAUGCGGAAUGGAAGGGGCCAUUUAGUGAUAACUCCCCAGAAUGGCGUUACAUACCUGAAUCACAGAAACAAGAGCUCGGACUUACUUUUGAUGCAGAUGGAGAGUUUUGGAUGCCUUUUCAAGAGUUCCUCAAUAAUUUCGAUCGUGUUGAAAUCUGUAAUUUGUCACCAGACUCGUUGACCGAAGAUCAACAACAUAACGGAAAACGGAAAUGGGAGCUGCAAAUGUUUGAAGGCGAAUGGACAGCCGGUGUUACAGCGGGCGGCUGUCGUAAUUUCCUCGAGACUUUCUGGCAUAACCCCCAAUAUGUGAUCACCCUUACCGAUCCUGAUGAAGAUGACGAUGAUGGCAAAUGUACUGUUAUAGUCGCACUUAUGCAGAAGAAUCGGCGUUCCAAGCGCAAUCGUGGUAUGGAAUGUCUGACCAUCGGGUUCGCCAUUUACCAUUUAACAGAUCGCGACAUGGAGACUAGGCCGCAAGGUUUAAAUUUUUUCAAAUACCGUGCUUCAGUUGCGCGUUCUCCGCAUUUUAUAAAUACUCGCGAAGUAUGCGCACGCUUCAAAUUGCCGCCAGGCACUUAUCUAAUUGUUCCGUCGACCUUUGAUCCCAAUGAAGAGGGCGAGUACAUUAUACGUGUGUUCUCUGAAACGGCAAAUACUAUGGAUGAGAAUGACGAUUCAGUUGGGUAUUGCGAUGUGGAUGAUCGUAUAAAACCAAACAUACCGCCACGUAGAGAAGAGGAUCCGCAACGUGAGAAUCUGCGUCGUCUUUUCAAGAGCAUUGCUGGUAGCGAUAUGGAAGUAGAUUGGAUGGAACUCAAGCGCAUACUUGAUCACUCACUGAGGGAUGUGAUGGUAGAUGAAAAUACGUUUUCAAAGGAUGCGUGCCGUUCAAUGGUCGCGAUGAUGGACAAGGAUCAAUCCGGAAACUUGGGCUUCGAAGAGUUCGAAUUAUUACUCACCGACAUUGCCAAAUGGAAAGCAGUAUUCAAAUUUUAUGAUCACGAUCAUAGCGGCCAAAUAGAAAGUUUCCAAUUGCGUGACGCACUCAAUUCGGCCGGUUACCGUCUUAAUAAUCGGGUCCUGAAUGCGCUCGGUCGCCGUUACACGUCACGCGAAGGCCAAAUAACCUUCGAUGACUUUUUGAUGUGCGCGGUAAAGACGAAAACAUACAUUGACAUAUUCCGCGAACGCGACACUGACGAAUUGAAUCGAGCGACAUUUAGUAUGGAUGAAUGGCUCGAACGCACCGCCUACUCGUAGACGAGAGAAAUAACGUUGGCUGCUAGCUGGGAAAACCGGUUUUGUUGCUACUGCUUUAUACGAUGUUGGUGCUAUGCCGGCGAUGUAUUGGUUGCGUACGAGUUGUAAUGUGAAGUGUUACCUGCCUUUACCAAUAAUUUUGUAUUUCUUUAUAAAUAUAUAUUGUAUAUUAAGUAUUUUGAA